GCCGGUGAUAUUUGACAUUUGACAAAACUCCGUAACUUUUUUUUAGGUUAAGUGCAUUUUCAAAAGUCUGAAAAUAAUAUUUGAGAAAAAAAUACAAAUAUAGAUAAUGCUAUCUAGAAAUAUAACUAGGCUUGUUUUCCAGGGAAAACAUGUUUCCAAUACAUGGAAACAGGUAUCUGUUAGAAGGAAAUCUUAUACCCCCUUGAAUACAAUAGUAAUGUUUGUGCCCCAACAAGAGGCAUGGAUUGUUGAACGGAUGGGUAAAUUUCAUAGAAUAUUAGAUCCAGGAUUAAAUAUAUUAGUGCCAAUAGCAGACAAAGUAAAGUAUGUGCAGAGUUUAAAAGAAAUAGCAGUUGAUAUUCCCAAACAAAGUGCUAUUACAUCAGACAAUGUAACUUUAAGUAUUGAUGGUGUAUUGUAUUUAAGAAUAGUCGAUCCAUAUUUAGCUAGUUAUGGGGUUGAAGACCCAGAAUUUGCUAUUACUCAAUUAGCACAGACAACAAUGAGAUCAGAAUUAGGAAAAAUAUCACUAGACAAAGUUUUCAGGGAAAGAGAAAGUCUAAACGUUUCAAUGGUAGAAUCAAUAAACAAGGCUAGUGAUGCAUGGGGUAUGACCUGUUUGAGAUAUGAAAUUAGAGAUAUACGUCUACCACCAAGAGUUCAAGAAGCAAUGCAAAUGCAGGUGGAAGCUGAGAGAAAAAAGAGAGCUGCUGUGUUAGAAUCAGAAGGUGUUAGAGCAGCUGAUAUUAAUGUAGCUGAAGGUAAAAGACAAGCCAGAAUAUUAGCAUCAGAAGCCCAGAAACAGGAGCAAAUAAACAAGGCAGCUGGUGAAGCUGAAGCUAUAAAAGUUGUGGCAUCGGCAAGGGCAAAAGGACUGCAGGUAAUAGCAGAAGCGCUGCAAGGAGAUUUUGGUCAGAAUGCAGCAGCUUUGAGUGUAGCUGAACAAUAUGUUGAGGCCUUUGAUAAACUGGCAAGAACAAAUAAUACUCUUAUUCUGCCAGCAAAUGCCGGAGAUGUUUCUAAUAUUGUGACCCAGGCAUUAUCAGUAUAUUCUGCUGUGACCAAAAAUCAACAAGGACACACCAGAAAAUCACAUUAUAAGAAGAUUCUUCCUUUAAAGCCUCAAGAUAAUCUAGAAGAGUAUUUUAGUGACGAGGAAGAGCUCAAAAAACAUAGAGAAAAACUCGAACUGGAUAAUAAAAUUCUACCUAAAAAGUAAAUUCAUUAAUAAUUUUCGUGUGCCUUGGUCAAACGAAUGUAAGUUCUAAUUUAAUUAUUAAAUUUUUGCAUUUAAACGAAAUAAAUUAUUUAAUUUUAUUAUACGCCUUUUUGCUGUAAAAAUAAAGAUGCAAUCCUUGUUUUA